GCCACUUUCCUCCUCAAUGUCACCAAAUAGUCCUCCGCUUUUCUUCACAUCGUAAUACAGCAUUACUCUGAAGAAACGAAAACUAUGUCGAGCUCAGAGUUUACCUUCAUCCCGAGAAAGUUGUCUAAACAUACGCGUACCUCAAAUGACGCGUCCGGAUUGCGGCUUCCAGCGCAACGGAAGGAAACCCAGGUGGAACAGGUCCCGUCAACACCAGCGUCAGGGAGGAAGCAUAAGGAGGAGAAAUAUCUGGAUGACGGGACUUAUACAGUGCUUCUUGAGUUAGCACUCUCAGACUACGCGUUAUGGUCAAACUUUGAAUUAUUUGAAACUAUGGAGGCGAAUGAAGAUGGCUCUAUCUAAUUCAAACUUCGCCGGUGUUCGCUGGGUUGACACCCAUUCCGCCUGAAGCGACCCUCAUCGGCUGCGCGAGAGCAAGCAAAAUAUUGGAAGGACGGCUUAUAGUCUCGGAAAAUCCGCAUAGCGACUGGCGUAGACAAGCACGAAUGACGGACUCAGAGGCGCAGGGAGGAUUUGAGAUUCGACGUAAAGACUGGGAGAACGUCAAAAGUUGCAUCCGCAAGCUCACUUCUUACCACUGGGACAACAGAACCAUCUAUGUC